UCUGUUGCAGUAGCUCCAUCAGACGAGCAAAUUGAGAAGAAGACGACGAAGGAGGUAAAGGGCAAAAGAGAGAGAAGAAAUGGGUUGGAUCGGUGAGAGCGUGGACUCCAUCAAAUCCCUUCAGAUCCGGCAGGUCCUCACCCAGGCCAUCAGUCUCGGUAUGAUUGUUACAUCUGCGCUUAUAAUAUGGAAGGCUUUAAUGUGUGUCACCGGCAGUGAGUCUCCUGUAGUUGUUGUUUUGUCUGGAAGUAUGGAACCUGGUUUCAAGAGGGGGGACAUUUUAUUCUUGCACAUGAGUAAAGAACCCAUUCGUGCAGGAGAAAUUGUUGUUUUUAAUAUUGAUGGCCGUGAAAUUCCAAUUGUCCAUCGCGUCAUUAAGGUUCAUGAACGAAAAGAUACAGGAGAAGUUGAUGUCCUAACAAAAGGAGAUAACAAUUAUGGGGAUGACAGGCUUCUGUAUGCUCAGGGUCAGCUGUGGCUACAACGGCAUCAUAUCAUGGGCAGAGCUGUAGGGUUUUUACCUUAUGUUGGCUGGGUGACAAUUAUCAUGACUGAGAAACCUAUUAUUAAGUAUAUUCUAAUUGGCGCGUUGGGGUUGCUUGUUAUAACAUCAAAGGACUAAAUGAAGUAAACUCCGGGGGUCUUGAAUCUGCUAAAUUUCUUAAUUGUAUGAGACAAUUUUACCUGAUAGAUUACAGCAGAAUAGUUGGUUAAUGUUAUUAACAUCUAUUUUAAGUUUCUCCUUUCCUGAACUAAAA